GCUGCUGCCGUAGCCCACAGACCAGACAGCAGCAGCAGCACGAAUAUCUAACACCGGGGAUGGUCUCAUCACUUUUAAAAAACACUAUCAACGUUAUAUCUCCACAAAAUGAAGUUCCCUUACUCAUAGGUUCGCGAGGAUAUGGUGAGGAGAAGGCGUCCCAUGCUGCAUUAGUGGAACAGUGACAUGCUGGCCUGUCUGCCAGCAUCAGGUGACCCUACCAUCAGACUUCUCUCCCGCACGCAGAUGAACACUGGACUUCAGAAAUGGGAAACUACACAGAAGAUGAGAUCUGCCAACUAUCCAACCCCAGCAGAGUUGGAUGCCUAUGCUAAGAAAGUUGCCAACAACCCUCUGACCAUCCAGAUCUUCCCCAACAGUGUCAAAGUACCUCAAAGGAAGCACAUUCGCCGCACAGUCAACGGGCUUGACACCUCCUCGUCCAGCCAGCGCCACAGCCCCUACCCGUCUCAGGUCAGCUCCAGUCGGGGUCUGCUGGCUGUCCUCCGUACGCCCGCCAAAGGCGUCAAAGAGUCGGACGCUAGCCGCACCCGGCAGCUUCAGAAGGGCGUCAUGAACCCUCACGGUGGGCCCUACGCCGCUCAAAGCACUUUAAAUCUUCCUCAGCCUGCGCCGCACCUACAGGGCCCGUCUCAGCCCGCGGCCCAGAAGCAGGGCAUGGUUCACCCACAGGCGCUCCAUCAAAGCAUGACUCAUCAGAUGACUUUACAGCUGCCUCAAACCGUGCCGCACCCACAGGCUUUACAGCAUAGGAACAUGGCUCAUUCGCAAGCUCUGCAGCGGCAGCAGAGUCUGUCCCAGGUCCAGACACCGCAGCAAAGAUUGGCUCCUCCACAAGGCAUACAGAGGCAGCAGAGUCUGCCUCACACCCAGGCUCUGCAGCAGCAGCAGCAGCAGCAGCAGCAGAGCCAGUCUUGUCCACCAGUCGCACCGCAGCAGCACCUCUCUCAUCUGCAGACACUAAAGCAUCAGGCGGCUCCCCCGCAAACUUUACUUUCACAACAGGGAGCGACUCAGGAUCUGCGCCACAUGUCCGAUGGAGCCCAGCUUCCGAGCCUGCAGCACAGCCAGGGGCUGGUCGGCUCCCAGCCGCUUCCCCAGGCCGUGGGCACAGGACCUCCCACCGUGCCCAGCAGCCUCCAGCAGCCCCCGCCGGGGGCGUACGGGCCCCGGAAGCUCCCCGACGCGGACGCCCCACCAAAUGUAACUGUAUCUACCUCCACCAUCCCACUGUCCAUGGCGGCCAGCUUGCAUCAGAACCGGCCGAGCGACCUGAGCAGCAUCGUGCACCAAAUCAACCAGUUGUGCCAGGCGCGGGCCGGUAUGGGCGCCACCUCGGUCUGCGAGGGCCAGAUCGCGAACCCCAGCCCCAUCAGCCGCAACCUGCUGAUCAACGCCAGCUCCAGGGUGUCCUGUCACCACCCGGCACUGGGCUCCGUGCCCAGCUGCCUCAUGGUGGGACCCUCAGACAAAGCUACAGCUCAGACUCCCAACGCUGCUCUCCAUUCCCAGCCCAGUAUAGCUGCUACUAAUAGCAUACCUGCCUUUCACGCAGACCCAGAGAAGGUACAUCUGCAGCAGCAGCAACAGCUGCAGCACCAUUUACAUCAGCAGAAACAGUUACAGCAGCAGCAUCAUCAUCUACAACAACUACAACAGCUGCAGCAGCAGCAGCGCUCCUGGGCCCAGCAUCAGCUGGCCCACAUGCAGCAGCCGCCCGAGGGGGCACAUCCCUGCAAGAACCCAAGGAUGGAGCCUCCGAGCGAGUGCGCCUUCCCCUCUCGAAACCUCAGCUAUUCCAACAAGCUGCCCAACACUGCACAGUCCUUUCCCCUAAAACACCCCGCGGAAAAGCCACGGCCUUCGUCCCCCGUCAACUGCCCGGUAGGUUCUAUGCCUUACGUUAACGGCCACUACAUGCAGCCACCGUGGGGCGGCCUUCCCGCCACAGCAGGGAACAAUGGAACGGGCCCUCAGGACCUCCCGGUGGCCUUCCAGGGAGGGCAGGCCGCCGCCUCCACGGACCGCAUCCGAGGGGCAAAGUACAGGCCGGGGAAAGAGUGUCCUCCCGGCCAGCCCAAGUUGAUGCAGAACGUGGAUUUCUUAGGAGGGGACUUCCAGAUGCCCAGCUUUCAGGAGCAGAACAUGGCUGUGUUGGAGAAGAUGCACAGGUCAGCCAUGGGCCAAGUUCAGGAGCCCAAUAAUGGUGGGAGUGUUCACGCUCAUCACCCGGGCUACCGUUAAAGCGUGCGCAUAUCUCCCUCUCCCCUCCGCCCCCCCCAUCCCCCCACCCCCUCCUCUUGGUGUGUUCAACAGCCACUUUCAGCUUCUGUGGUUCAUUCUCUAUUUAAGAUCUUGCAAGUGAUCAAUUGUAUUUUAUUGCUCCUAGGGAUGUUAAUGAUUAACCGUUAACCGACAAUAAGAAUUGACCGAUUCAGUACUCUCAGUUGAAAACAGUUAAAAAAAAAAACACUUCCAACUAAAAUAAGUUAACAUUUUUGCAUGAUUUUAAAAGAACGAUA